AUGGAUCAGAAGCUGCUCCAUGGAGCAAACCCCAGCAGUCCCUACCCCGCCUGGCUGCAGGACACGGGAGACGCCCCUGGCCCGGGCCCCACCAUGAUCCCUCCCCUCUCUCCGCAGCGCUCCGACCCCCGCCUGCUCUCCCAGUUCUUCUUUGCUGAUGAGAGGGUGACGCGGGUGGUGGCCGAGAUCAACGGGCUGGAUGCCGAGCUGGACCCACAGCAGUACCUGGUGCUCCUCAACCAGCUCCACCUCAGCCAGGCGCACCUGCUGGCCAUCCUGGAGCGCAUCAUGGAGGAGUGCAUCCCCACACAGCGGCACAGCCGGGACUACCUAGUCAAGUUCCCCGAGGAGCUCUUGGUGGACAACCUGGGGAACCACAUGCUUUUUGCUGCCGAGUGCCUCCUGGCUGGGACCUUCCUGGAGGUGGAGGAGGCAGACGGGGCGCAGCUGCGUCCCCAGGCCAGGAACCUGCUGUGCAGCCUGGAGCUGGUGCGGACGGUGCUGCGGGAGCAGAGCCUGAGCCAGCCCAGCUCCUACCCAGAGCCUGUUCGGGCUGUGCUCAUCCAAUUCGACCGGCUCUUUGCAGAGUUUGAACUGAGCUAUGUGUCCUCACUGGUGGCGGUGAAGUCUCCUGAGGAGAUCUACAGGCAGCAGGAGAUCAUCGUGCUCUUUUGUGAGACAGUAGAAAGAGCCCUGCACAUGGGUUACCUGACCCAGGAGAUGAUCGAUGGCUACGAACCGCUACUGAUGUUCACCAUCCCUCGCCUGGCCAUUAUCAGUGGCCUCCUUAUCUACCCUGAUGGUCCCCUCAGCCUGGAGCAGAGCCCUGAGCAGAUGUCCCAGGUGUUCAGCCCUUUUUACAACCUCCUAAAGAAGAUCAGGGACCUGCUGCGGGUGCUGUCAGCAGAGGAGCUCUGCCUGCUGGAGAGGAGCCUCUGCACAGCAGAAUCAGAGGACUCCUGCAGUCGGGCCACCCCCCCAGCUUGGGAGGCAGCUGUACCCAGAGCAGAGCCCUCUGCUCCCUGGACUGUCCUAGAGGUCCCCCAUCCCACCUCACCGCCCUCCACCUGCAUGGUGCAGCUGGGACCCCCUGGUGCUGUGGAUGACCUGGGCAGUGCCUGGCAGUGGGGUCCCCAGUCCCUCGGGAGCAGCCCAGGGCUCGAUGCCACCCUAAGUGCUCACUGCUGGGAGCUGCGCUCCCGCUACAGCAGCACCAAGGACAUGCUGCACACCCUCUUCGUCUGCAUUUCAGGGGUGGCUGACCAACUCCAGACCAACUUUGCCAGUGACCUGAGGAGCAUCUUGAAAACUGUCUUCAAGAUUGUCGCCUCACAGGUGGAGCCCUCAGAGGAGACAGGUGCCAGCCGUGAGUAA